AUGGCUACUAUGCAGGACGUCCUUGCGGCAUACAAUGCCAGACAGAAUAUCCUCAAGGCCAGUACCAACCCUUUUGCUAAAGGCGUCGCUUGGGUGGAUGGCGAGCUUUCACCUUUGGGUGAAGCACGAAUCCCGCUUCUUGACCAGGGGUUUAUGCAUAGCGAUCUCACCUAUGAUGUGCCUUCUGUCUGGGAUGGUCGUUUCUUUCGCCUGGAUGAUCAUAUCACCCGCCUGGAAACUAGCUGCGCCAAACUCCGGCUCAAACUUCCUCUGCCGCGCGAGGAGGUUAAACGGAUCCUAGUGGAUAUGGUGGCUAAGAGCGACAUUCGCGAUGCCUUCGUGGAAAUUAUUGUUACUCGUGGUUUAAAAGGAGUACGUGGUACCGACCCUAAGGAUAUCGUCAAUCGUCUCUACAUGUUCAUUCAACCUUAUGUCUGGGUUAUGGAGCCGGAGAUGCAACUGGUCGGAGGGAGUGCUAUUAUCACACGCACUGUUCGUCGUGUACCCCCUGGGUCUAUUGAUCCUACUGUCAAGAAUCUUCAAUGGGGUGAUCUAGUUCGCGGCCUAUUCGAGGCGUACGACCGAGGUGCAACUUAUCCCUUCCUCACCGAUGGGGACACCAACCUCACCGAAGGUUCAGGUUUCAAUAUUGUUUUAGUCAAGAACGGCAUCCUGUACACCCCUCAGCGCGGCGUUCUCGAAGGCAUCACCAGGAAGAGUGUCAUCGACGUCGCGCAUGCUAAUGGAUUCGACAUCAGAGUCGAACUUGUUCCUGUCAACGCAGUUUACAACGCCGAUGAAAUCUUCAUGUGCACGACCGCAGGCGGUAUCAUGCCCAUUACCACUCUUGAUGGUCAACCAGUCAAAGGUGGCCAAAUUGGGCCGAUCACCAAGGCCAUCUGGGACGGCUAUUGGGCUAUCCAUUACGACUCGGCCUACAGCUUUGAGAUUGAUUAUGGUAAUGUACUAAAGGGCUUGCAGAGCUCACCGCGUUUGUGA